AUGUCGUCCUCACCUCAAGAUCGUCGACCCAUCGUCAUUUCAGGGCCAUCGGGGGUCGGGAAAGGAACCCUGAUCCAAAAGCUUUUCAACACACACCCGGAAACCUUUGCAUUGGCUGUCUCUCACACAACACGAAGCCCGCGACCGGGCGAAGUGGAAGGCAUAGCAUACUACUUCGUCUCCGAGGCCGAGUUCAAGUCGCUCAUCGCUGAGAAUGCCUUCGUCGAACAUACCUUUUUUAGCGGCCACCACUAUGGCACGAGCAAAUUGACUAUUGAAAAUCAGACGGCGAAGGGAUUGAUUGUCGUGCUCGAUAUUGAGAUGCAUGGUGUCCAGCAGAUGAAGGAGAAUCCUAGCUUCGAGGCGCGGUAUAUCUUUAUUAGACCGCCCAGUCUGCAGGCCCUUGAAGAGCGACUAAGAAAUCGUGGCACUGAGAGCGACCGUGAUGUUGAGAAAAGACUGGCUCAAGCUAAAAUUGAAAUGGAAUAUGCUGAUUCAGAGGAUGCUUAUGAUAAGAUUAUCGUUAACGAUGAUUUUGACAAGGCAUUUGAGGAGCUUGAUGGAUUUGUAUACGACACAGCCUGA